ACACAUCCCGCCUCGGGACCUCCGGAUGGCUUUCGGUCUUCCCAGCUGGCGGCUCCACGCCUCUCCGCGGCACACCUGCGGCCCAUCACCCGCCCAUCUCUACUACAGCCAGCCAGGCCGCGCCCUUAGUCCCGAGACACCUGGGACAGAGCCACCGCCCCGCACGCCGGGCGCCGCGCCGGACGCAGAGCGACGAGAGGGCGCACCAGCGCCGGCCAACUUUCAUUGGCCUUCUCGGCUGUCAGUCGCCGCUCGCUUGGACGGCGGCCGGGCGGGGACUUCCGGCUUGGGAGGAGCGAAGGACCAAGGGCGGGGCCUCACGGAGGAGGAAGCAGGCCAAGCCGGGCGGCGGCUCACUAGGGCGAACCAUGGACAGCCAGGGCAGGAAGGUGGUGGUGUGCGACAACGGCACUGGGUUUGUGAAGUGUGGAUAUGCCGGCUCUAACUUUCCGGAACACAUCUUCCCAGCUUUGGUUGGAAGACCUAUUAUCAGAUCAACCACCAAAGUGGGAAACAUUGAAAUCAAGGAUCUUAUGGUCGGUGAUGAGGCAAGUGAAUUGCGCUCAAUGUUGGAAGUUAAUUACCCCAUGGAGAACGGCAUAGUACAAAAUUGGGAUGACAUGAAACACCUGUGGGAUUACACAUUUGGACCAGAGAAACUCAACAUAGACACCAGAAACUGCAAAAUUUUACUCACAGAACCACCUAUGAACCCAACCAAAAACAGGGAGAAGAUUGUAGAGGUAAUGUUUGAAACUUACCAAUUUUCUGGUGUGUAUGUAGCCAUCCAGGCAGUUCUGACUUUGUAUGCUCAAGGCUUAUUGACUGGUGUAGUAGUAGACUCUGGAGAUGGUGUGACUCAUAUUUGCCCAGUGUAUGAAGGUUUUUCUCUCCCUCACCUUACAAGAAGGCUGGAUAUUGCUGGGAGGGAUAUUACCAGGUAUCUUAUCAAGCUGCUGCUGUUGCGGGGAUAUGCCUUCAUCUAUUCUUCUGAUUUUGAGACAGUUCGUAUGAUUAAAGAAAAACUUUGUUAUGUUGGUUACAAUAUUGAGCAAGAACAGAAGCUGGCCUUAGAGACCACAGUGUUAGUUGAAUCAUAUACACUCCCAGAUGGACGUAUUAUUAAAGUUGGAGGAGAAAGAUUUGAAGCACCGGAAGCUUUAUUUCAGCCUCACUUGAUCAAUGUUGAGGGAGUUGGUGUUGCUGAAUUGCUUUUUAACACAAUCCAGGCAGCUGACAUUGAUACCAGAUCUGAAUUUUACAAACACAUUGUGCUUUCUGGAGGCUCAACUAUGUAUCCUGGCCUGCCAUCAAGGUUGGAACGAGAGCUUAAACAGCUUUACUUAGAACGAGUUCUAAAGGGAGAUGUGGAAAAACUUUCUAAAUUUAAGAUCCGAAUUGAAGAUCCACCCCGAAGAAAGCACAUGGUGUUCCUGGGUGGUGCAGUCCUGGCAGACAUCAUGAAAGACAAAGACAACUUUUGGAUGACUCGACAAGAGUACCAAGAAAAGGGUGUACGUGUGCUGGAGAAACUCGGUGUGACUGUUCGAUAAAAUGCCAGGCUUGUUCCUAUCAUGCCUCUGAUGCAGUCUUCUUUUUCCUCUUUUUUUUUUUUUUAAAAAAAAACAAAAACAAAAAACAACUUUUCUUUAUUGCCAAUCUUUGAACUCAUUCAACUCCAGGACUGAAAGAGGCCUGUCUGUCCCCUUUGACUGGAAAGGUCCAGUUUUAUUCUCUGUCUUGGGGAAGCAUUGUUUAAUUCUUGUUAAUGUGGGUAAAUCCGGUUGUUUAAUGCAACCACUUCUCUACAAACAUAACCUGAGGGCAAAGGGUCUCUGCUGCUUUCGUUCUUUCUAAGUAGGCAUUUAGAUUAUUCCUGUAGGCUUUCUAUUUUUUGCUUUAUUGCUCUAAUGCUGCUAGUUUUAGUACUGUAGGUGGUAUGUCUUUAUUAGCAUAAGAAAAAACUUUCACAUGAGCUUUUACAUACUCUGGGUGGGGGUGGUAAGGGAUGGGUGGGCAGCCCUGGCCCUUUAGGACAUUUCCUCUAUAGUGUUAGCUUUCAGCAGUCAACUGCUGCCGCUUUUUAAGGACCCUGAAGCUUGUCCUGUUAAAAUCUUUGGGAAAUAUUAAGCUCAGAAUUAAGGUUUUUGGGGUAGGUUUUGUGUGGUGAAACAAAUGGGUGGUCUUUCUUUUAUGGUUUUAGCGGGUUUUCUGCUUCUGGGUUUGUGAGAUGAACCUCAGUUACAGUAUCUGACUUGGUAGGUUUCUUUUGGUCUGCCUGGAACUGUUUCCAUAUGAUAGAAAAAAAUGCAAGCUUAUUGUUUAACUACCAUGAGGUUUAGGGAUUAAUUCCUUAAGUCAAACUAUCAGCUGGGAGUAUACUUCCUAAACUAUCAGUGAGAAAUUAACAUUUUAAAAAUUUUUUUUUUUUUUUUUUUUGGUUUUUUCGAGACAGGGUUUCUCUGUGGCUUUGGAGGCUGUCCUGGAACUAGCUCUUGUAGACCAGGCUGGUCUCGAACUCACAGAGAUCCAUCUGCCUCUGCCUCCCAAGUGCUAGGAUUAAAGGCAUGCACCAUUUUGUUAAGCCAAAUUACAGAUAGAAAAUUACUUAAAGGCUGGUGUUUUCUAAACAGUUGUGUAUUCUGGAAGCAUUGAAGUAAUGAUACUACAUACCAUUCUUGAAAGUUGUACUUUUUAUGUACCUGAUCAGCGCUUUUUGACUGAAACAACUAUACACAGAAAUAGUUACUGGCAGUGGGUUAUAAUUGUUGUAUUAAUAUUAACAUUGGGACUUGUUGCCAGUUUUUUUCUUUCUUUCUUUCUUUUUCCUUUUUUUAAAAUAAGACCUGGAACUAAAAUUUUAUCAACAACAAUAGAAAAUUUGCCAGGAGUCAACUCUACGUUUGUACUGAAAACUAAUCAUGAUUGCUACUUCCCAGCUAUCUUUUGUUCUUGAAAGAAAAGUGGUUGGGAUUUUGGAUGUGUCUGCAGACCUGUUAGGAAAUCCUAUUUAUGAGUCCAGUUGGUAUUGUUUGUUAUCUCAAAAAAUAUCAGAUAGUACCUAGAUGUAUGAAGUCUUUCUAACAUUGAAAAAUGAAAUAAUGAGACAUUGUAUCACAGUAAAUACAAAAUGAUGAUUCUGGGAGAAAUAUUUUCCUUCACUUCAAAAUAUUCUUUAUUAAUGAUGAAUUUAAAAGGAUGGCUUCUUUUCUCUUUCUUUUUGGAUGCUUAACAUCAGGAUUUUUUUUUGAGAUAACUUUAAAGUUAGUUUAUAUAAAAUCAGCAGCAAAAGGAAGUUAGUCUUAAUUAUGCAGCUUCUGUGAUAUUAAGUAUUUUUUGCCUGUUUUACCUCAAUUUGAACAAAUAGGAGAAGUCUGUGUGCAUGCUGGACAUGCUCAGUACACACAACAGCCUGCCAGUGCCGACUGGUCGGUGUUGGGUGCUCGACUCAGAGUCACUUUGGAAUUCCUAAGUGUUCCUAAAUCAUGUUGUCAAAUACCCCAGUCUUGGGAGUCCUGGGCCCAUUGCAGGACACCUACUGUAUAUAGGACUGGUACCAAUGACUAUUGAGGGCAGAAAAAUUUGGACUCUUGGCUUUGAGUAUGAUUUUAAAUAUAGGGGUAGAAAACAAGAAAGAAUAGGGUAGAAUCCUAAAUAAAACAGUGAAAGAGCAUUAUCAUUUGUACCUUGAAUGUAGAAUUUGUUUUUAUUUCAUAAUUCUGCUAGCAAACAUGACUGUUAAAAGUGAUGUAUUUAUAUAUAUAAUAAUUUAGAAAUUCCAUUUUAUAGUUUUCCUAUCCUAAGGUGAAAUAAUGAUUUAAUAAUUUGGGAGUUGGGACAUACUGUAUGUAUUCUAUUGGAGAUGUCAGGUUUGAGUCCUUAAAAAUUUAAAAAAAAAAUUUUUUUUUUAAAGAUCUGAUUCUUAGCUCUUGAAACCCAUUGUUGCUUAGAUUUCCAAUGCUAAUUAUAAUUCUUUUUUUUAUCUUUAAAAUUAAAAUCACCAAUGCCUUGAGGGAUUUCUUAGAAAAUGUGGUAUUGGAUGUUAACUUUUCACAGUUCUGAGCACUGUUAGUAUCUAUCUGGCAAGUAUUUGAGAAAUCAUUGGAAAGCUAAACAUUCUAAAUUUAACACAAAUAUACUUCUUUUUGAUUAAGAAAAUAAAAUCAGAUUUUUCAAAGUAA